AACGGGGCUCUCCACCUCACAUCAAAGACAUCACCACCAUGGCGCCAUCCACAACCGCCCCAAAGGCCCCCCUCAAAUCAACCCUCCCCCCGCUUCUCCUCGGCACCGCCACCUUCAACACGCAAUACGUCCCCGACCCUCACUCGCUCCCCUACCGCUCCAUCGUCGCGUGCGCCCUCUCCCUGGGCGUGCGUGGUUUCGACACCUCGCCUUACUACGGCCCCUCUGAGAUUCUCCUCGGCGACGCCCUCCACACUCUAUUCACUUCUGAGACGAACCCGCUCCCGCGCGAGGACGUCUUCAUCGUCACCAAAGCCGGCCGCAUCGCCGGCGACGAAUUCGACUACUCCCCUUCUUGGGUGCGCUACAGCAUUUACCGGAGCUUGCAAAGGCUGCACACGGACUAUCUCGAUUUGGUGUACAUGCAUGACGUCGAGUUCGUGUCCCCUGCCGAAGUGCUGGGUGCGGUCCAGGAGUUGAGGCGGUUGCGGGAUGAGGAAGGGCUGAUUAGACAUGUGGGGAUAAGUGGGUUCCCCGUCAAGGUCCUGGCGGAGCUGGCGGAGAUGAUUCUCAGAGAAACGGGAGAGCCGUUGGAUGCGGUGUUGAGUUAUGGGCAUUUUACGGUGCAGAAUCGGCUGUUGAGUGAAAGCAGUGUGUUGAAGAGGUUCAAGAAGGCUGGGGUCGAGGUCAUUCUCAAUGCGUCCAUGUUGGGCAUGGGGUUGUUGACGCAAAAGGGAAUCCCGCCUAACCCGGACUCGAAGGAGAGCCCGUUAGUCAAGUGGCAUCCGUCGCCGCCGGAUUUGAGGAUUGCAUGCAAGAAGCUGGGCGAGUUGGCGGCGGCUAAGGGCGAGAGGCUGGAGAGUGUGGCGAUCCGUUGGGCGCUGGAGGAGUGGGCGAGGGUGGGCGCCGAGGCGGAGGUUGGUGUUGAUGCUGAACCUGGGUCCCCGUUGAAGGUGGGCGCAACGGUGUGCGGUGUCUCAUCCAUUCCCGAGUUGGAGGAGACAGUCACCGAGUGGAAUGACGUGUUGGAAGGAUUGAAAAAGGUGGCGGCUGCUGGGGGAAAGGCAGACGGUCGCGUAUACGGAACAGAGCGCCAGGAGAAGAUCCUGAAGUUGGUGGAGGAUGAGAUGUGGCCAGCCUUGGGUGAAUGGAUUGACUUUGCCUGGGCCAGCCCAGGAGAUGGCUAUGUCAACACCAGGCGGCCCGAAGAUAAGGGUAGGGUUCCCGAUGAUGGCGUAGUAGCUGCGCAUGAGGAGAGAAUCAAGCACAAGAAGUAAGCGCUAUGGUUGGGUCUACAUGUGGUGGAAAAAAAAAGGGGGUUAGGUGAGUGGCAUGUCAUCAAUAGAUGAGCUAUAAGCUGGUUUCUCUCUCGCACUCGAAUUUUCUUUAGACUAGAUUCAGACGUAGUUACUGAAGCACUCCGUAGGAUGCUGUAGAACGCAAGCGAAUACAAGAUCUAUAAGUCC